UGAACCGAUGUUGUAGUUGAUAGAAGAAACAUGGCAGGCUUAGAGGUGUUGUACACCUGUGUCGCUGACAGUAUCGGCUGUCCACAGGACGCCGUGGUGUGUUUCGUUCACUGGGAAAUGAUAAAGAGUGGAUUGAGGUGUGUCGGGUCCGGAGACGUGCCCCGCAGCAGUGACAAGAAGUCCGAGCUGCUGCCUGCUGACUGGAGCAGCAACAAGGAGCUGUACAGUCUGCGAUAUAAAGCCAACGACAGUGACACGCAACUGUUGCUCAAAGCCAUCGCCGUGGACUCCACCUUGAUCUUCAACCUGAUGAACUCCAGCACACAGCAGGUGUCAGACUUGACGGUGAACAUCAGCGAUCACGUGGAUGCUGAGCAGUUACGCACAUAUGACAGUGUGUUCAAAGAUGCAGACACUUUGUCAGAGAAGGUGAAGACUCAGCUGCUGCCGUCCCAGGACAAACCGACGGGACAGAGGACAGAGAAGAAGAGUCGAAGGGAGCAGGAAGAGGAGGAGGAAGAGCAGAGGAGAAGAAGAAGGGAGGACAGCGACCCCCUCCGCAUGCCCAGCAGACAUCCCCGCCAGGGAACACAGCCACACUGGCCCGACCCCAUGGUUCCUCCGUUCGCAGCUGGAGGAGCGGAUCUGGAUCCCUUUGGGUCUCGUGGCGGUGGCGGGAUGAUAGUCGAUCCGUUGAGGUCGGGGUAUCCUCGCUCUGGUUUUGACCCAUCCAGUGGCAUACCAGACAUUCUGCCUCCUGGAGCCGUUCCCCCGGGAGCUCGCUUCGACCCGUUUGGACCCAUCGGACGACACCGACCAGGGCCGGACCCCGACCACAUGCCCCCGCCCGGCUAUGAUGAUAUGUUCAUGUAGUAUCCAGCCAUGCUUUCCGGCUCCUCCUUCCUGUCCUCAGCUCGGGGAGAGUUCUCAUCUUUAGUGGCCCAAAAAUAACGUUUUUGCCUUUUUAUUUUCUCCUGUUUUUUUUUUUUUUUGAGAAGGAGGGUUUGUUUUCUAAUUGUUUAUUUCAUAUAACCAGUGUUAAAUAUACGUCAGCAAAUAAAUGUAAACCGUACUGACGACGGUCGUUCAGUUCUAAAUAAAAGAUGUUUUUGAUGUUAAACUGACACUAGAAAAGGACUAAACCUUAUUUUGACUACAAGUUAAAAAAAUUCACACUGGAGAAAACGACCUGUGAGCAGGUAACCCCUCCUUCCUGAAUGACAGAUUCUCAUCAUCCCAUUGAACCUAAACUUGUUAGAAUUUAUUCAUAAAAGAGGAAAUUUUCUUAAAUUUCUUGUAUUUUGUGAACAUGUUAGAAAAUCUUAAGGUUUUUUUUUUGGUUGUUUGGAUUGUUGUUGAUUUAACAACAUGGUUGAUGAAUUAUCUCAAACCAAUAUGUUCAAAUAAAAAUCUCAGCCUUGA